CAUUGGUACUGCAGCCAGAGCGCGCCCGGGUGAGCGACCGCCGCCGCUGAAGAGACGAACACCGCUGCACGCGCUCAGCCCGACCAGUGACCGGCAAUGGAGUACAUGAACAACGCCUCGAACAACUACGGCUCUGGAGACACCGUCAGCUCCUCCUUAGCUAACAUGACCAUCAACGAGCAGCAUCGCCAGGAGAACGGAGUGGCCAAAAUGAAAGAAGAUGAAGCGGUUCUGGGUGAAAACGCGGUGAAAUCUGUUUCUGAGCUUUCUCAGCCAGAGAGCGACCGUCGUGACGACGAGGCGCCGCCCGCAGAAACAUCUGCAGUGGAAGGAGCUGAAGUUGUGUCCGAGCGCUCCUCCAGUGAAGACAAGGGGGAAGUUGCAGCAGGAGGACCGUCUUCAGCAGCUCAAGCUAAGACGAACAAUGGAGACAAGACCCAAACCUCCACACCCUCCUCGUCCCCUAAAAGGUCACCUGUUGUCACCGAGAGCAACGAAACUCCAGCUUCCUCCCGAAACAGCCACAGCUCCAUCCCCGUUAAAACCAGCAGCCCGGGGCGGCCCGGAGGCGCUGCAAAGCCUCAAGGAGCCAAAACCUCCACCAGAACUGCAGCUCAUCCAGAUGCCAGGAGCGGGCAGAGCAGCCCCGGAACACCCAAAUCCCCCGCCAGCCAGGCGGUUUCAGCCUCCGAGGCCAACAAAGUGAAGAAGGUGGCCGUGGUUCGCUCCACUCCGAAGUCUCCGGGCUCGCUGAAGACCCGCUCACCGGCUCCUCUGGCCGCCGCCGCCGCCGCCGCGCCCAUACCCGACCUGAAGAACGUCAGGUCCAAGAUCGGCUCCACGGACAACAUUAAACACCAACCUGGAGGUGGAAAGGUCCAAAUCCUUGAUCAGAAGUUGGACUUUAGUACUGUGCAGUCUAAGUGUGGCUCCAAAGACAAUGUGAAACAUGUUCCCGGUGGAGGCAAUGUUCAGAUCCUGGAUAAGAAGCUGGACUUGUCCAGCGUCCAGGCUCGCUGUGGUUCCAAAGAAAACUUAAAGCACAAACCAGGUGGAGGCAAAGUACAAAUUCUUGAGAAGAAGUUGGACUUGAGCAGUGUGCAGUCCCGCUGCGGCUCCAAAGAUAAUAUCAAACACGUUCCCGGUGGUGGAAAUAUUCAGAUCGUGCACAAAAAGAUCGAUUUGAGCAACGUUACGAGCAAAUGUGGAUCCAAGGACAACAUCCGCCACAAACCAGGUGGUGGAAACAUUGAGAUCAAAAACGAGAAGGUAGAGUUCAAAGUUCAGUCUAAAGUCGGCUCCAUGGACAACAUCGGCCACGUUCCCGGAGGUGGACUGAGGAAGAUUGAGAGCCACAAGCUGAGCUUCCGUGAGACGGCCAAGGCCCGCACCGACCACGGCGCAGAGAUCGUGUCCCUGGACGAGUCCCCGCAGCAGCUCAGCACCGUGUCGUCCUCCGGCAGCAUCAACAUGGCCGACUCUCCGCAGCUGUCCACGCUGGCCGACCAGGUGUCCGCCUCUCUGGCCAAGCAGGGCUUGUGAGCGCGCCCCGCCGGCACCACGCAGUCCUGACGCCUUCCUCCUCGCCGUCACCGGACUCUUCAUGUCCUCCACCGCUCACCCACUAACCUUUUUACCGUUAGAGGCUUAGAAAACAAAUUAACUGAUUAGACAAAAUGUGUUUUUUUCUCCACUUCAACUUUUUGUAGUGACCGUUUCAAAAGUCUCACUUCUUGACCCGGUUUCCUCUCACGGACUGUGAACCCUUUGGGACCCCUGCUGGGGGUCCGCUGCGUUUUUAUUUAUUUAACCACAGAAGAAGAGGAAACGGAGGCGCUCUGAUCUGAAGGAAGUUUCGGGGGAUUCUGGGAGAAAAUGGUUUAAAGAAAAGUAGCAAAUUUCCUGUUAAAGCAGAAAAAAGUGUUUGGCUUCGUGUCGUCCCCGGCAGCCAGAAGCUGAAGGGGUUCAGUCUGAGCCGGCGAGACGAGUCCGCCUACCGGUCCAGACUGACCCGCGUCACGCACCCCUGGCUUCGUUCUGGUUCAAACGGUUCAUUGGAAUACCUUUAAAAUGACACUAAAUCUUUUUAUUGUACAUUUCAUGCCGUGUUAAAACGGUAGAAGCUCAUUCGCUUACGUUGGCGAACAGCCAGCGACUCGUGGGCCGAAACGUGCCGACGCUUCAAGAGGCGCGCCGUUAGCACAACAGUGAAACAAGAAGAAGCUUUGCUAAUUCUAAACAGGCAAAAUAAAGUUAGCAGAAGCUAACGGUGAAAGCAAUUGACCCAGACCUGCUGACCUUUGAUUGAACUGGUUUAAUUGGAAGGUGGGCGGAGUCAUCUCUGGCAGUUUGGCCAAUCCAAGUCAGAGCUAUAGCUCUUGAGUAAACAGGCACAAAAUGCUAAAGAUGCUAUGCUAGAUUUUAAAUUUGGGAUAAACUGAAUGAAAUGAAAGUUUCACAGACUUGGUUAGCGGAAGCUAAAUGGUCCGCUAACUUUCCAGAUUUGGCAAAAAGGCCAAUCGGCUAAACGAAGUCAAGUUUCACUGUUAGCUACACCGUGCCCAACACUGAUAAGAAUCAGCUGAAAUUAGCCUAAUGCUAAUGACAACCUCUGGAUGAAAAGUUUCUUGUUGGCGUACUGUAAUCAAUGCCAUCAUCAUCUGGAUGGACUCAUUAGCUAGAAAAUGAUAAACAGCUGUAUUGUUCCUGGGAAUGCUAAUAAUUAGCCAAACAUUGCAAAUAUUUACACGUUCACUUCUAAAGUUCAGUCACCAGCCAAAGACGAGCCGAAGUUUCUUCUAUAAUUACAAAUUGUUUUUGUUUUCCACCGUAGCCGGUUGUUACAUUUAAUAAACGGGUGCUGUAAAUUUAGUGUUUAUUUACCGUUUUGUAAGAACUGGCUGUUCCGUUCGUCUUCUCGCUGCGACGCCCCUACAGGUGAUCCAGGUGUUGCUUGGGGGAGUCGGGUCGGUGCCGGGCCAGUUCUCUAACCGUGUUCUGUGGAUUUAUGACCCGUGUUUGACAUGAAACGUUUGUAUCGUGCCUGCUACUGUCAGUGUUCUUGGUUUUUACAGCUCGAGUCACGAGGACUUAACGUGUACAGUAUUUAAACUAGUGAGCAGCAGAACGUUGCGCUCAUCGCUCCGGUCGAGCCGACUGAUGUGUGGAUCGUUUAAAACCUGGCUGUCAAUCAUUCUGUCCUCCAAAGACAACGUUUCCCGUUCUGACACAAACCGGAUGAUUUUCACGCUUCUUGCAUGCUCUUCAUGUGAGACGUGUGCCCCCACCCCCCAGUCGUCUCGUGUCCCCCUCCUCUGGGGGGAGGGGGUCGUUAUCUGCAUGCAGAGUUCUUUAGUAGCACGGAGGACGAACGAGCCGUAGACAGGAAGUCACACUUCCUCCACCGUUGAGUUUUUCUGACGCUGUACAGAUGUGGUGGUUGUUCUCGUGCCGUUAAUGAAACUGGUUCCUGAUGUUUGUGUAUUUGAAAUAAACGCUUCA